UGUCCGCUGCACCUUGGGUCGGAUCAGUGUCCUCUAUAGGGCUCUCGCCUCUUUACAUUUUUUUACUUUUGUGUAUAAGCUCGGCAGGGCUAAAACAGGGCAGAGGGGAGGGGGGGGCCGCCUGAACGCGCACCCACACGCACCCAUAGGCACCCACCUCCGCUCCCGCGCGCGUAGCAACAGAGUUAUAUCCAUUUUUAAUUUUUUUUUUUUAAUUAUCAUAAUAAUUUUUUCAAUUUUUUUUUUCAAUUUUUUUUCCCCCCCCCCAAAAAAAUCCCACUCCCAAUUUUGCCCGCCGCUUUGGGAUCUCAGUAAUAAUGGAAGGGCAGAGGAGAUUCUGCACGAGGAGUGGAGGCUCUCGUUUUUUCAGAGGGGGAAGUUGCUCCGUUUUCCGGGCAAGUGACAGAAAUGCAAGAAGCUCUCACGAGUCAGAGAGGCGAUCGACGGCUCUCAGGUUGGGACAAUAUUUGUCAGCCAACAGAUAAGCAAACGCUUAUCUCUCCUUCCCCAAACGUUGCACUCAUGCCACAGAAAUGGACGUCAAAAGAAAUUAAUGGCCAUGAGCUCGUUUUUGAUCAACUCCAACUAUGUGGACCCCAAGUUCCCACCCUGUGAAGAGUAUUCCCACAGCGAUUACCUUCCCAAUCACUCGCCGGAAUAUUACAGCAGCCAGAGGCGAGAGAGCACUUUCCAACAUGAAGCGAUGUACGAGCCGCGGUCCGCCUGCAAGGAGCAGCUCUACUCGUCCUGUCAGAGCUCCGGCCACCCGGCUGCGGUGUUAUCCCCCCGGGGUCAUGUCCAUCCUCCGGCCGGACUGCAGAGCCACCUCUCGGAGCCGAGCCAGCCCCGCGAGCCGGGCACCCCCAGCCCGCCACCCUCGUGCAGCCAAAACUCUGUGAACCAAAGCCCUCCCAGUUCCUCGUGCAAAGAGCCGGUAGUUUACCCCUGGAUGAAAAAAGUCCAUGUAAGCACGGUAAACCCCAAUUACUCAGGAGGGGAACCGAAACGCUCUCGCACAGCCUACACCAGGCAGCAAGUCCUGGAGCUGGAGAAGGAAUUCCACUACAACCGCUAUCUCACGCGGAGGCGCAGGGUCGAGAUCGCGCACUCCCUCUGCCUCUCCGAGCGCCAGAUCAAAAUCUGGUUCCAGAACCGGAGGAUGAAAUGGAAAAAAGACCACAAGUUACCCAACACCAAGAUCAGGUCUAACUCCUCCAGCUCCUCCGGCAGCCUGCAGAUGCCACAAGGAGCGUCCCAAACGCGAUCCCACGGACCGGCCGCCAGCCUAUAACUGUCCCUGGAUGGCUGCGAGGAUGGCUGUGCGUGUUUUGGGCUGUGAGCUUGUGCGAGUGCGGAGGGAGCACGCGAGGAAUUCUAACUUUUAUUAUUAUUAUUUUUUAUUAUUAUUAUUAUUAUUAUUAUUUGAACGAGGGGAAGGCGGGGGUGCUCUUUAUUUAUAGAGGGAACAGAGGAGAGACUCAGCUGCCACACAAAGCUGAGCUGCGCCGCGGUGCCUCUCUCCCAUUAAAAGGAGGCUGGAGAUGGUGGUUUUCAGAUUUGGCUAAGAUGGAUCCUUGUUUCAUCUUUAAUCACGCAAGCUCUGCCCCAUUUGUCAUGUUUACUCUCCCGUACAAAGGAUGGACCUUAUGUCUGCUAUUACCUCGACAACCAGCGCUCACUUAAUAAAUGAGGCUCCGUUUCUUCAAGACGAACUGGAUUUUCUACACCACCCCCUUUUUCUUUUUUUUUUUUUAAUUUUAUUUUUAAUUUUCCUUCCCCUCUCCUCUCCUCUCCUCUCCUCUCCUCU